CGAGAAAAUCCUGCGGGAAAAGCAGCCCUUCAACCAACGGCUCGGGUCUUUAUCCUAUGCAAAAGUAUCGUAUUCGUAUUGCAAUCAUGCAUUACAAAUUUUUUCUUGAAGCAAAUCUGCAUUACAAAUUUUAUUUGUCAUGCUGAGGAAAUUUGUAAUGCAUUUAUACGAAUGCGAUACUUUUGCACAGGAUAGUCUUUAGCAUCCGACAACGUGGCGUCCCGCGUGUUGGGAAAGGUGGGGCGGAAGUGCGCGAGAAGAAUCAAAACCGUAUCAAAGUGAAAAAAGCCCCCACCCCAUAGAAGAAAGGGAAUUUCUGUUGCUGGAUUUCUGUACACAAAUCACCGCUGUAUUGCAGAAGGCGCUUGGAGGCACUUCCUAAGGUUGAUUGGGUAUGCAAAAGGCUAGCGGUUAGGCAUGGCAGACACCUUUGCAGUAUGCAAACGCGCAUCACAGAUUGGCUGUGGAAUGCGCCAAACGGUUCCCAAUUGCCUCAUAUGCAUAGACAGAGCGGAUUUGCGGUCACAAAUCAGCGUCACAAAUUUCCUUGUCGAUAUGGGGAGGGGGAAUUUUUCCUCACAAUGAACCGGGCUUCACAACUACGGCUGGUACCUCUCGCUCGCCUACGUGGCGGUCUUGCACACCGCGUUUGUCAACAUGCCGAACGAGUUGGGAGAGGGAGGAAAGGGAAACCAGGAUCACUUACCGCUGUUCCGCGAGUACGACUUUGGGGAAGUUCAUCGUCAUCAUGGAACAUCGACAUAUGGAGCAUCAACAUCCACGCAUGAUCAUGAUCGUACCUCCGCGCACGAAGAUUUUUACCGUCGUGAAGAUCCCUCCAUUCAUUGGACCGGCACCCCGUGGGUGAUGUCCGAGCGAGAGGAAGAGCCCGCUUUGUCUUCCUUCAGCUUCUUGCCCGGGGGUUCUUGGGGGAGCAGUUUUGAUGAAGAUGCAAGGGUACAACUAGAGCAGGAUAGUGAUUUAUUAUCCACCAGCACCAGCACCCGGUUUAAAAAUGUUUUCAAAGAUCCACCAGCGCCGUCGGCUACUCUUGGGCGGUAUGAAGAACAAACGUACCUGCCACUCCCGUUGGAGGACAUGCUGGCAAACCCUCACCUCCAGCGCAUCCUCGCAAGGAUGCAGGGCCGGAACUUGCUGUUCCCGCUGACAGGAGCGUUACGAGGUGAAGAAAAGGAGCAUGGAACAACUACAGCAGGAUCACCAGCAGCUGCUUCCUCGACGACCUCCGCAUCACAAAGAACUACUACUCCCGAGCUGCUGCGCCCGGCUGUUGGUCCUGCGCCGCAUCAUAUCCCACGAAAGAACAGUUUCACUGUGGUGAUUUUGGGAGAUCUGCAUCACAAGUUUGUUACACAUGACACGGAGAAUUUGCCAUGCGCGCUUUCCAAGGGAAAACACGCUUGAAACUCCGAUGUCUUGCAGGUGUAGCAAGACAAACACUUUGGUGCUUCGUUCUCUGCAUCACAAGUUCACAGUGAAACAGUUUGCUCUUGCGAUACAUCAGGUAGAUCUUUCCAACGUGAAACUGCAGCCGCUGAAUUUCCGACGGAUGGUAUCCUUUGUAAAACGUCUCCACGACCCCAUAGUCAAGUUGGGAAUCUAGCAACACAAACCUCCAAGUUUUAUUGGGAGCAGUGCAUGACAAGUUUCCCUCUGCAGUGUAGUGCUAGUUGGCAAGGGAAGCCGCAUGAGAAAGCCAUUUUCUCAUCCUGUUUACAGCAUUACAAAUGGGAAAACAUGUUUGGAAAUGCAAAUGCCUCUUAUGGAGCUGCGCAUCACAAACGUUCUUGUCAUUGCACAACUGCAUGACAGCUCUGGGGUGGGGACGUUUUUACUCAGGAUAGAUGGACGGCGUCGUGGAGCCUGGCCGACUAGGUGGAGAAGUUGUAGACCACCACGAGGCCGAUGGCGAAGAAGGUCCUGAACAAGAACCACCGUACAAGCCGUAUGAGAUCUGUUGCGGGGACCCCUUUCCCCACGAGAUUCCGUAUGACUACGAGACUUUGUUCGAUGAUUCGGUAUCCUGUGUAAAAACGUCCCCACACCAGAGUCAACAUGGGAAAUCUGCUAGACAAAUCACACAGCUUUGGUUGUUUGGCAUGACAAAUUUCGACGCGUAGUGUAGUGCUGUUUGAGCUAGUUUAGCAGCAUUACAGAUCUAGUAUCUCAUGCUGAUUGGAGCAUGACAAAUUUCAAAACCGCAUUAGAAAAUGCUUCUCAUGGGGCUCCGCAUGAGAAACAUUUUAAGCAUGCAGAGUUGCAUGACAACUAUGGUGUGGGGACGUUUUUACACAGGAUAUUCGGAAAAUGAUGUUCAUCUGCCACUGCCAGCAGCAGCCCCGGUUACGGCCCCAGCUUCGGAAGUCGUGGAACCUGGCCGACUAGGUAGAGAAGUUGUAGACCACCACGAGGCCGAAGAACGUCGUGAGCAAGAACCACCGUACAAGCCGUAUGAGUAUCAAAUGCAAAUAUGUCUGGGGCUGGAAGAAAUCAGACAUUUGUCAUGCAUUUUUUACAUCUACUUCAACUUUUACAAAAAGGUCUGGAAUGCACACAGAGCAUGACAAACUCUGUGGCAGCUUCUCCAACAUGCCUAUUUCGCAUUAGAGAUGCUCUCUUCUGGAGGAAAAAAUCGGUUACCUUUUGCUGCCUACGCAAUACAGAUUUUUUCCUGUUCCAGAACCCGCAUCACAAGUUUGCAACUUUCCAGACCCAGAUAUAUUUGCAAGGGAUAAUGAGAUCUGCUGCGGGGACCCCUUUCCCCACGAGAUUCCGUUUGACUACGAGACUUUGUUCGAUGAUUUGGUAUCGUAAGGAAAAAUCCCCCCUCCCCAUAUUGAAAAGGUAUGUUGCCGAAAAUUUGUGUUGCUGAUUUGAGGUCACAAAUCGUCUCUGUGUUGCAUGAAGGCAACUCCACAAGCUCCGCCGCAUUCUACAGGCGGUUUGUCAUGCUGUUUUAGCUACAGCGUAGACGUCUGCCAUGCUAAGCGCCUAGGCCAAAACCUGUCCACUCAGGCUGAGUAUGGGCCUGCAGUCCUCGCCAGCAAGACAAAUCUGAUUCGUGUACGCAAAUCCAGCAUCAGAGACUUCGUUUUGAUAUGGGGAGGGGGGAUCUUUCCUUUUGAUAUUUGGAAAGUGAUGUUCAACUGCCACUGCCAGCAGCAGCCCCGGUUACGGCCCCAGCUUCGGAAGGAAAGAAGCAGGAAGUUGUUGUUUCCAAUGUAGUUGACCAGCCUGUUUGGAGUAUUAACACCAAGUCCAUCCAACUGCGGCCGGUCAAUUUUUCCAAGCCCGUGUCAAAGAUAAAGAACCCGUUCUUGAUGGAGACCGGCCGUCGUAGUACAACAGAUCAAAAUCUCGCCGUCGACCAGGCGAGGAAUUCUGAGCAGGACUACGAAAAUUUCUUUUGGUCCGAUGUACACUGGUAUCAAAUGUAAAAAUGUCUCCAUCUGGAAGAAUGCAACUUGUCAUGCUAAAUCUGAAGCAUGCAACAAUCUGUGUUGCAUACUUGCCAAAAGUGGUCGUCCAGGUUUGACCAAGUCGGGAGGGGGUUUCUCAUGCAGGAUAGGCAUGAGAGAGACCGCGCAGAAUCUGUCAUGCUAGGUCGUGCAUUCCAGACCACAUGGGUCAUGGAACAGCUGCAUGACAAAUCGCGCAUCCUUCCAGACCCAGACAUUUUUGCAUUUGAUAACUGGUUCCGGAAGUUGGGGAAAGAACGGGUGCAGGAGUCUACUUCCGAAGGCAUGCUUCUGCAACUUGGCGGGACAGUAUGACAGUGCACAACUCCCCCUUCCCCCCAUUUGUAUAGCAUGAACGGCAAUACAAGCAUCCCCAAGAACGCCGUUUCUGCAUGACAGAUUUAUACUGGAGUGUAGUGCUAUUUGGGCUACCAGAACUUUUCAUGCAAACAGUGCCAUGAGGAACAGACUGGAUUUGGGGUUUUGCAUGACAAAUAAGGGGGAGGGGCGGGAGUUGUGCACUUUCAUAGACGAGUACGCGAGCAGAUGGAACACCUCGUUCCUCCACGGGAUUUCCACUGGACGGGGACCUCGAGAUGGACCAGUCUCGGAGGUCGAAGUUGAAGUUGGGUCCUCGUCUGGCCCUGCGGAUGCACCAGUGGGCAACCGGGGAGAUUGGGAAAAUCGUGGAAUGGUAGAAUUUAUAAUAACUUCCAAUAAAAAGAAGUCGUACGUGUAUAGGUCGUCGUUCUUGGUGCCAAAUUUUUUUUUCCGUGCCAUGCCGUUUCCGCUAGUAGUGCAGCUAUGUAGAAGUUGUUUAUGGUGUACUAGUUGUACCAGUUAUGGCUUUCUUUGCAUCGAGGACUUCUAUCUAUGAAGAGUGGAUCAUUCCAUUUGAAAAUGAAACAUCACAUAUAACAGGUGGGAAAGCCGUUUGCUUCCGAGCAUUUCAAGAACAUCUUCCACAGCGAAAUGGAAAUCCUCUGCCAGCAGCAGCCGCGUCGGUACUACAACUACUCCGCAUGAACUGCAGCGACAAACCCGCGUGAGGAAUAUCCUCGCCUUCCAAGCGGACCCCGGUUUGCAGCAGUUAAAGCGGUUGGUCAACGCCGCUCGGACGCAGCUUUUUGUUUUACGGUUGUACCACGAAGAUGAAGAUUUUCUCUUUUCCAAGCUGCAGCAGGUUUUGGCGGACUUUGAAGACCAGUUGAAGAUGUUGAAUUAUGACGAACAUCAUGAAGAUCUUGUUGACGGCGCACACACAGCUUCUCGUGAUUUUUUAUCCCUAUCAGUGUUGCAAUCCCGGCUCUCGCUUGCGAUGAUCUCCAUCGACGAAGUUGCGGCGGAUGUGCAGUUUUUGAGGUUGUAUGCAUUGCAAAAGUAUCGCACUCGUAGUAAUUGCAGUGUAUGCAUGACAAAAUCUGCUUUCUAAGGUAAAACUGCAUGACAAAUGUAAUUUAUCAUGCUGAGCAAAUAAUUUGUAUUUGUAAUGCAAUUCAUACUAGUACGAUGCUUUUGCAAUGCAUAGACUGUGGCUGUUACCCAACAUAAUUGUCGCGGACGGCGAAGGACAAAUGACUUCUCACGGAAGUAAAGCUACCGCUGCCCUUGUUCAAGAGCGGGCAGAGGAAGAGCAGCCGCGUGGUCAGCAACCGCGAGACGAAAUAAACUCGACGCGGAUGAUGUUGAAACCGGCGGGACCGCGGGAGCGUCGUGGCGCUCUUUUCCGCCAUUGGCGGAACGUCAAUUUUUCCGCCUUUUUAGACGCGGCGACAUCUAGAAGUAGUACCUCUCCAUCUUCCUCUGCUGCUGGUUCUGAUGAUGCGCCGCCGGGUAGGAGUGGUACUAAUAUCCAUUCGCCGGCGUGGUCACGACCGCAGGAGAAGAAAGCCGGUUCUGGAGCGCCACCACUGGAUGAACAUCCAGCACGUUUUACUCACGAAAAGAUUUACCCCAGUACCCGCGCAUCUCUCCUCGACGAUCUGAAUGCGAAUUCAGACCUCUCGUCGACGGCGUCGCAGUGCUUCCCGAAUUGUUCGAAGAACGAGGCCCCGAGGAAGUAUCAGGCGGAGGGGGAAACAACAGAAACUACCUCCGCGCAGGACUUCUACAGUACUUUAUUCGGAAAGAAGAAAAACAAACAUCGAGAUGGCGAUGAUGAUGAAGUCUGCAGUUCUUUUCAUAUACCGAGCAGCAGUAGCUUUGCUACGACCGCGGCGGGAAGUAGUAUUCUUAAUACUGGUGGCCGCGUCCAGAACUACUUCUACCUGGAAGAGGAUUCAAUCGCUCGGUUCGUCAGCAAUCUGUGGCGGCUCAACCGCAGCGACGGAGAAAGAGCACGAGCCACACGUCGACCAGGAGGAGCCGAUGAUAGUACUACAACUGUAGUGGACGAAGAGGAAGAUGACGAUAAGGUGUGUCGGGACCACGACGAGGAUAUUUUCAGCGGCAAGGACAGCCUGAUGUCGUGCAGUUCAUUCGACGAGGUAGACCACUACAACCACGACGAGGAUGGCGACGAGGAUCUUCGAUUGGAAACGGCUUUUCGCUUGUUCCUAGAUUCCAUGUCGGCUACAGAUGAAAGAACGGGUGCAGCAGAACUACUAGAGACCGGAAAAAUAAUUGCAGCGGGGUUUGAUGCAGCUGAAGAUCAAGACAGAGCUAUCCUGAGUAAAAACGUCCCCACACCAGAGUCAGGAUGGGGAUUUUGCAACACAAACCUAGCAGGAGUUUUAGGAGUAACGCAUGACAAGUUUCAGUCCGUAAGGUAGUGCAAGUUAGCAAGGAAAGCCGCAUCACAAAUUGACCUUCUCAUCCUGUUUACAGCAUUACAAGGUCCCAAACACGAUUGGAAAUGGCUCUCAUGCGGAUGCGCAUCACAAACGUCCCUGUCAUGGCAAAUCUGCAUGCCAACUAUGGGGUGGGGACGUUUUUACUCAGGAUAAGAGCGGAAGAUUCCUUUUCCUAUUUCCAGAUGCCCGAAGACCAGGUUCUCAAGCUGACAAGCAAUCUACAGCAGCUGAAUCUGUCCACUACGUCAUCUACAACUUCGGCGAAUCUUCAGAAAGCCGAAGAUGUAGUGUCGUCAGUGAGUGCAGCAGCUGCGGAUAAAAAAUCGAAUUUCCCCAACUUGGUGCAGCCAACAGUAUCGACUGGCGGCGGCAAUGGAGCAAAUCGCAGGCCGCUUCUAGGAGGCCUGCAAAGUCGUGGACCACUACAGGGAAAAAUAAAUUACGGCAUCACAGUGGCCGCCCCGCAGACCACCUCGCUUUAUAAUCGUGCUGCAGGUCGUCCACUCUUUGCUGGCGGCGAGACGAGCCAGAUGACGCAGAAUCCGUUUUUUGUCAGGCCGACAGCACUGCAAGGACCACACUUCAGGUGGACGAGCGCGGAAACAACUUCGCCUGUUAAGAUCAGCCGGGAGCAGGACGAGGCUUUGUCCACAAUGCGCAGGACAUCUUUAUUUCCGGAAGAAGAGCAGCUGGUGCAAGAGGAACCACCAGUAUUAGAGGUGGAGCAACAAGACGAAAAUCCCUUCUUGCGGAAAGGAAAACGCGACGCGGAGAUGAAACAGGAGGCAGCACGGAAAAAACAUGAAGUUCAGAAAACUGAACAUGAGCGCGACCUGCUUGUUUCUGGUUCUGCAGUGACUAUUAAACCUAAUGCAAACAGCACUGCCGCUCCAUCUCCAAGUCCUCUCAUAGGUUUUGAUCCGGAAAGCUGCACGACCGUCAGCAUGAUAAAAGCCACCGAACACGGCAUGACAAAACUCGUGCCUUUUCGCGGGGGUUGCAGACCGUACGGGUGGAGAGAACAAGAACAGCUGCAGGGGGACAGCGCAGCUGCGGCUACGGGUGUGAAAGAACAAAAACCUUCUCCUUCGGAGGGAAUUCAUACCGCUGGUGGUGAUACCAGUAGAACUACGAAAGAUCACAAUGAGCAGAAGAGGGACAAGUCCCUGCAGGGUGCAAAGAAAUUCGCUUCUUCAGCUGUGGCUCCUCCUCCGGCCCCAAGUCACAAAGUCUGGAAUUACCUGGAUGCGCCCCACAGCGCUCACCACCGGCUUUUUACCGAGAAAACUUCUGAUGCUGAUCAGCAGGGAAAAGCAACAGGUGCAGGUCAGCAGCAGGAACAAAAAGAUGACAUCAAAGUAGAGACGGCGUUUUUACCACUUCCCGGCGUCGUAUCUCCGUCUUAUCCUGUGCAAAAGUAUCGUACUCGUACUAAUUGCUGAUAGGCAUGACAAAUCUAGUUUCUUACCUGAAUCAGCAUGACAAAUCCCACUUUUCUUCUUGAGAAAAUUUGUCAUGCGAUUUAUGCUAGUCCGAUACUUUUGCAAUGCAUAAGUCACAGCAGUUGUCAAUUGUCGGCACCGGAACCAGCAGUGUGUUGACCGGAGGAGAUCCGACGGGGUCCACUGCCUCCGUGAUGCGGAAGACGCUUAUGAAAUGCAAAUAUGUCUGGGUCUGGAAGGAUGCAAACUUGUCAUGCUGUCUUUGGAUUCCAAAAAGAUCUGUAUUGCAUGACCAGCAACAGGAGGCCAGAUUGUGCUGCGCGGAGAGGGCAUUUGUCAUGCGGACUAGGCAUCAGGAGGCCUUCCAAAAAUCUGUGAUGCUAAGUCAUGCACUACAGGCAUCAUGGGCCAUGCAAAAUAUGCAUGACAGACCUGGCAAUCUUCCAGACCCAGACAUUUUUGCAUUUGAUAACGCUUCUGGACCAGCGAUCUUCCACUGAUGGUCCUCCCGCCAUUUAUAAUUCCCAGAUCCAGCCUCUAGAAGCACAACUCGCGCAGCACCCGCAGCAGCAGCAGCAGCUCUCCGUCGUAGGGGCGGGCAAGUUUCGUUCGGAGAAAACAACCCCUUCGGAGAAAACGUCCUCUGCCUCGACGACGCAACCAGUUUCUCCUCCGUACUACAAUCUACGGGAGGACUCGGGGAAGGAAGAUCGGGUACAGCAGGAGAAUAUGCAUUGCAAAUAUUUCUGGGUCUGGAAGGGUGUGAACUUGUGAUGCGCAUUUCACAAGACACACAAAUCUCUCAUGCGUAGGCGGCAAAAGAUGCCCAUUUACUGCCACCAAAGUGGGGGAUUUGUCAUGCGGAUGAGGCAUUGCGGAAUCUUCUCCAAAUCUGUGAUGCUAGGGCUUCCAUGCUAGAGCUUCUGUGUCAUGCAAAAACAGCACGACUUCUUCCAGACCCAGACAUAUUUGCAUUUCAUGGAGAAGAUUGCGUUUGCAGAACGGCCGGUCGUGCGGGGGCAGGAGGGGCGGCUGCUGCAAAAUGUACUAAACUCGGUAGAAGAUGACAUGUUAGGAACGAGAUCAGUGCGUGAUUUGAACCUGGUGCCGGGACAAAAUGUUUCCACCUUUGCUGCUGGGGGCCUGUCUGUACUGAUUUUUUAUCAUGCAGGAUUGAUAUGAUCAUGAUGCUACCGAAAUCAAGAAUGUUAUUCAAUCAAACGAUGCGUUGGUCUUGGUUGCAAGUGCAAUAGGAAGCCUACGACGAUCUUCGUACAGCAACCCUAUUGUUCCGCCGAGAAUAACGAUAAAACCAAAAUCUAUCAGGCACCGUCCUCCUCCUCCGCCCUUCAGAACCCUGAGCGGGCGUUUCUCAACCUGACCAAAGACAUGCCUCUCGAGGAUGUCGAGGGUCUCUUUCAUCCCCGAGGUCCUGCCGACCAACGCGUCCAAGGUGAACAUGAUUCGCAGGCGUUUGUUAAUUCUAACGGGGACAACUCGCCGAGGAAAAACUCUAUGCCAGCAGAGCCGGAAAGUACUUCUAGGACUGCUGGUCGUCCAAAGGACCCGGAAGUUGUACCGCAGAACCCCAGCGCACCGAAAGACCCGGAGCCACCAAAGAACUUCUACCCGAGUAGUUCUUCGCCUACAGGGCCAAAGUUUGAAAUUUAUUCAGGAGGGGGCCAGACAAAUAAACUACCAGUAUAUGAUCAUCAUCCGAGUCCGCCAACGACCCCGCACUUUCGCAUGCCUGAAGUCGAGCCGCCUCUGUUGCAACAGGUCAAGAAUAAACCGGGCACAUCACCAACACCAAACACGAAAAAGCCACUCCAUGCAGCACGGGUACAGCCAACGCCGGAAGAGAUCAAGCGGCGAUCUGGGAUAUCAAAUGCAAGAAUGUCAUCCGGGUCUGCAAAAGUGGAACUUGUCAUGGUAAAUCAGAAUCGUGCAAAAAUCUGUGUUGCAUGAUGAGCAAAAGCUGUCCCCUUUCUACCAACUUAAGAAGCAGUCUCUGAUGCAGGAUAGGCAUGAUGGAGACCUCACAGAAUCUGUCAUGCUAGGAUCAUCAUUCCAAACCUCAUUGGCCAUUCAAAAUGUUCAUGACAAGUCUUGCAGUCUUCCAGACCCAGACAGUUUUGCAUUUGAUAUGGGAAGGUGAAGGACCAACUUGCGCGGGAGUUGCUAGAGCUAUCAAAUGCAAAAAUGUCUGGGUCUGGAAAGUUCUGAUGCAUGUUAGUGAAUAGUAGGUACAUCACUGUAAUGCGCCGCCAAGCAUGACAGAUUUUUCCGUGGCUUUGUGUUGCUUAUUCCGCAUGAGAAACAGCGUUUUUGCAUGACAGACCAGAGGACCUCUUGCUGGCCAUGCAAUACAGCGCUCAGUGUCAUGCCAGACGAGCAUGACAAAUCUCGCACUCGUCCAGACCCAGACAUAUUUGCAAUCCACAAGAGCUGAAUCUGGAUACUACAACAACUUCGACCAACAUCAAGGACAAGGCCGCACGUCAGGAGGCAGAGGUUCUUGUAGACAAACAGACUCGACGAGAACAGCAGGACAAACAACGGGAGUAUUAUGAGAGAACGCGCGCUCAGCGACCGGUAAUGCGGCAAAGCGAAACGGUGAAGGAAUUGCAGGAGUUGUUUCCGAUGAACGAGGUUGGCGCUAGGCGAGAAGAGAUCCUGCAGCAAACCCUUGACCAAGCACUGGAAUCCCGGUUGUUGGUGGAGGACAAGGCGACGCAGGAUUUGUACCUGCGCAGACCGUAUCAAAUGCAAAGAGGUCUGGGUCUGGAAGAACGAAAGCUUGUCAUGCUUGUCUCACAUGAUGACUCUGAGCUCUGUGGUGCGCCGUGAGCAGGAAGAGAGCCUCUUGCACGUUAUGCAAAAACGCAAAAACGCAGCUUGCCACAGCCACACGGCAAGCGAAACACAGAGGAACUCAAAAGCGCGUCAUGCGUGGCUGUGUAUAAUUGCAGUGCGCCCACCAUUCGAAAACUGGGCAUCACAAGUCCCCAGACCCAGGCGCUUUUGCAAUGCAUAGGCCGGCGGAGUUGACUGCGCUGCUGACGCCGGCGCAAUUGCGGGCUGGUGUACAAGAAGGCUCCAAAGCCUCUGCAGCUUUUUACACCGAGGCCCGGGCGGCGCGACCAAAGGACCAACAUGAUGAACCGCCGCGAACAGGAGCGACAAGACGAGGACAACCAACUCGUGGUGGACCUAGCGGAGAGGUCGCGCCGUCGACCAGCAGUCGUUUGAUCUACGCCGUGCGCAGUCACCCAUAUCAACUGUAAAAAUGUCUGGGUCUGGAAGAAUUCAUGUUUGUCAUGCUUGUCUGGCAUGACUCUUAAAUCUGUCAUGCACGUUACCCAAGAGCUCCGUUUUUCUGUGAUGCAGAAGGGCAGUUUGUCAUGCAGAAUAGGCAACACCUAGGAGCUCAGAAACUUGUCAUGCUGAGCCAGCAUUUGUAGCCUCAUCAUGAGACGCCAACCAGCAUCACAAGUUUCCAGACCCAGACAUUUUUACAUUUGAUAACCCAGUGCCGCCGACAAUUGAAAUUCCAGAGCCGGUGAUUGUUACGACUGCGCCGAGCAGUAGUUCUACUCGGGAACAUAUCAAAAGGAAAAAUCCCCCCUCCCCAUAUCAAAACGGAAAUCUGUGAUGCAGAUUUGUAGUCACAAAUCAGCUUUGUCAUGCUAGAAGGGAAAAGAUACGGACUGUAGUGCUGGGUUGCGUGGGAAAGCCUUGCAUCUUCAGCAUUACAGGAGGCAGCUGGAAGUGGGAAACAGCAUGACAAAUUGCCUGCAAACGAGGCCACAACUGCGGCUCUUGGCCUUCUAGCAAUGCAAUUCGAUGUGUGUACUCAAAUACAACAUCACAGAUUUCGUUUUCGAUAUGGGGGGAUCUUUCCUUUUCAUAGAACAAGCCCUCGGCGGAACCAGGACCAAAGAAGGAGAGGCAAAGUCAAGCGGGCUGCCUGCGUCGAGAAGGGCUGCGUCAACAUCCUUCAAAGCUGAUCAAAUGGCCCACGAAGACGAGCGCGUUGCCUCCGCUUCUGGCGACGUUGAUUUCUACCUGAAUCGCAUCACGAACAACUACCGGCUACCGCCGAAAAACAAAGGAGCAUCUGCGACAAUUUCUGGGGAAAAAAAGGCCGGGAAAACUGCAGCUGCGGGCGCGCGGGGGCCGGAAACUACUAGGCCUGAUCUCUACAACGACGGGUCCAGCACAGCUGGCCGCCUACAUAUGAACAAGGCCACGGUAUAAGUAGAUUAGAUAGUUGAUGACUUACAUCAAAUGUCCUGAGAACCACGUUUCAGUUUCAUCUGUAGUGACAGUAGGAAAUUUUUUAUAAGCAUCAAGUUCUUUGUCUUUGUGGUCAUGCUUUGCCUUUGUUGUUCUUAAAUAAGGCAUCUGCAUCAAUGAGAAUGACAAAAAAAUAACUCCUGUCUUGUGAACUUGAACAUCAGCAAGAAUCAUAUGCCGGAUCGUCUUCACAAACGCGGCUCCAAAAUGACCAGGUGGCUGCGUCGCGAUCCACUACCAACCCGGCAGCUGUUUUGCUCCAAACUGCGGCGACGAAAGCGGGUACCGGUACACAACAGCACGGAGUAAGAACUUUUUCCGAUGGAGGCGCCACCGGUCAGCGGCAGGUCCGGCAAGAUGAGAAGCCGCGGGAACUCCAGCAAAAGGACGAAAUUGACGCCCUGCUCGCGCUAUCAAAUGUAAAAAUGUCUGGGUCUGGAAGAGUGAGCGAUUAAUAUUUACAUUGCUUGACUUCCGGGUUCUGGUAACGCAUACCCCCGGCGACAGAUGACGUUGACAGGUGACCUCGACAGGUGACCUCGACAGGUGACCGUGACAGGUGACCAGCACAGGUGGGCACGACAGGUGGCUGCGACAGGUGGCCGCGACAGGUGAAGGCCCUUUCGCGCACUAAGCCACUAUGCGCGCCGCGCCUAGUGUGAGGCGAGGGGCGGACGCUGUCCGCCCCGAUGCCGAACACCCUUCCCCCACUAGUGCCUCGCGCACUAAGCCACUAUACGCGCGCCUGGUGUGAGGCGAGGGGCGGACGCUGUCCGCCCCGAUGCCGAACACCCUUCCCCCACUAGUGCUUCGCGCACUAAGCCACUAUGCGCGCGCCUGGUGUGAGGCGAGGGGCGGACGCUGUCCGCCCCGAUGCCGAACACCCUUCCCCCACUAGCGCCACUAGGGAUGGGCACAAGGCCCCAGCGUGGGGACCCUGUCCCCACGCGUGGAACUUGUUUGUCAUGCAGCUUUUUCAUGACCCAUGAGGUCUGGAAUGCAGGACAUAGCAUGACAGAUUCUGUGCGAUCUCUCUCAUGCCUAUCCUGCAUGAGAAAGCCCCUCCCGACUUGGUCAAAACUGGACGACUUUUGGUAAUCAUGCAACACAGAUUUUUGCAUACUUCAGAUGUAGCAUGACAGGUUGCAUUCUUCCAGACCCAGACAUUUUUACACUUGAUACGCGCGUCACGAGGAGGUCAAGAAGGUUUUGCUUGCGAGCGAAGAAGAUUUUGCGACUUCUGCCGGGGCUGCUGCUGCUGAUGCUGCUGACGCGGCGAUGCCCCAUUUCCAGAACGGCCAAGGCGGUGCUAGUAGGGCCGAAGAAGUGGAACAACUCCGAUCGUCUAGUUCGAGGAAACAGGUACAGGAACAGCUCGCUUCCGAGCUGGAUCAGUUUUUCUUGCAGCACCCGGAACACAGAAACACUCUGCCGAUUUCUAGUACAUACGAACAAGACGGGAGAACGAGCUCCAAGGCACAGCAGAAGAGUAAACCGGUUACUGUGCCGGAAAAGUUUCCCGACUUCGACCUCGACAGAACUGGGCUAGAUGGCCUGGAUCAGGUAUCCCGUGUAAAAACGUCCCCACCCCCCAGUUGUUAUGCAGAAUUGCAAUGAGAAGAACAUUUGUGAUGCGCAUCCCCAUAAUAGGAAUUUGCUAUCGUGUUUUGGAAUUUGUAAUGCUGUAAACAGGAUAUGCAGCUGGAUUUGUAAUGCGGCUGUUCUUGCCAACCAGCACUUGCACUACGCUACGAACUGCAACUUCUCAUGCGUGACUCCAAAAAUUUCUCGGUUUGUGUUGCAAAGUCCCCAGCUUGAUUCUGGGAUGGCGAUGUUUUUGCUCAGGAUAUCAGGAUGACCGGUUUCAGUGAUUCAGGGUUGACCCACCUCGACUUGUAUGUAGUGGCACUUAACGUUAACAAGAGCACAACGGAAGUCGAAAAUUUUGAAAACUUUUUUGUCGUUUAAUUUAUUCACCGCUUCAAAAUAUCGCCAUGAACAUGAUAGAUGAUUUCACAGCCUGAUGAAGUUCAACACAAUUUUACUCCCGUCUUUUGAAGAGCGCAUCAAUCUCUGUCUGACGAAAUUAUUGCUAUUGGCCACUUUGUUCAACAUUGAAUUUUGUUUUCCCGCCAUAUUAUUUUUACGACAGGUACGUGCGUUCUUCUUCUUUCUCCUGUGCAUACCGAAUAUAUAAAGCUAGAGCAGAUGAAGAUGUUGAGCAAGAUCUGAUUCGUCACCACGAAAGAUACAAAGACUUUUAAAUAUGUUGUAUGUCAGACGAUUUCGAUUUCGAUUUCGAAAUCGAACUUCUAUACCUCGCAGCUUGCCUGUGCCUACACAACAUGUACAUGGUGGUUCGACGAACGUGUCCUGUAUCGAGGGGCUGGAACUACUAUUAGGAGCGCAGCACUUUUUUGGCAGUUGAUUUAUUUGGGAAUACAGAACAAUGGUCACGGAAAU